CCUCGAUGAUACUUCAGUCUGCUUUUAAUUCAUAAAUUUAUUAAGUAUCAUAGAUAAGAAAUAUCAACAUAUUCCGCACAAACAAAUAGAUAUCGAGGUAAAACUCAUUGAUUGUAUAUACAUACAUACAUACAAGCGUCAAAGCCAAAGAUCAAUGGCUUUAUAUCCCGUAUCGACCUACCAGCGUAAAAAAAACUUCUAUGUAAGUUAAGGCUGAACGAUUUUAAAGACCUGCGGGAGAAGAGCACAAUGAAUCGCAGACAUCGAAUUUUUUUGCGACGAUAUUACGCUAAUAUCAUUACGACCUGUUUCUUUGUUUCGAGAGACGUCAAGAUGGCCUUAUACAUCUGAUCUAAAUACCGUGGCGUAUCGAGCAUUUUCUGGCUCUGACGUGUGUAAAUUCUCUUGAACUAAAUUACAGCGAAUCGAGAACGCUUGUCAAUUGGAGUUCAAUCGGUCGAAUAACUCAUUGCGUCACGAAUCACUUUGUAAAUUCAAAAGAGUUGUCUCUCGUCCUUACAAUGUAAGUAACUUUUUUAUAAUCUGCACAAAUAAUUGCCAACGAGGGAACAUUAACUCUUUGGAUCUGGGUAAGCUCGUCGACGGAGGGUGCAUACUUAAUGUAAUAAUAACAAGUACAAUGACAAUUUGCUUUGGUAAUUUUGAGUCAAUUAAACGUUACCUAAAAUAAAAUAAUGAUAUAGAUAAUACUUUUAAAUUAGUUUCAAUUAAUAUAAAUUUUAACUGUAAUAGUUUUAUUAUAAAAUAACAUAACGCGUUGAAAAUAACAAAAUCGCGAAGAGGGAUGUGUGAUGAUCGUAUCUCUAUAUCAUUAUUAAAUAUAAGAUAAUAAUUUUAUAAAAGAGAAAGAAGUGCACUUAUAUAAUGAUAUGUUUUGCAUGAUAGACGCAGAGUUUCAGACACCGGAAACUGUAGUCUAUUGCAAAGAUAGACGCUCGUGACGAAGAUCGGCCGAUCACGGAGACACGCGUCAUCGACGAAAGGUUAUCGGUGUGGUGAUAAGAAUUACUGAAGAUGCUUCGCGAAGAAAUGGAAAACGAGAGAGUCGAUUAUAGAGCCGCCAAAGCCGACGGCCGCGCGAUAAAUAAUCAUCGCAAGGCAUGUGAUAUCUAUAUGCACGAGACUGUAAACAACAAAGAUGCAAAUCGCAAUUAGUUAUCACAAAAUUUAUUUGAUAAGGAAGAUUAUAGAUUUCCAAUUUUAACUUUUGUAAACGCAAUCCAACAAAUAUUUUUUAAUCAAUUAUGAUUCACAAACGCAAUUUUCUCGAGUGAAUCUUAUAAAAUAUGUAUAUAGAAGCUAGUCUAUUUUUUGCAAGAGUUAAAUAUAAAUAUUAUUUACAUGUUAAUUAUAUAUAAAGUUAAUAUUUAUAUUAUUUUGAUAAAUUUAUUUGCAUUAAUUAAUAUUGAAUUCAAUUUAAGAUUCAUGAUUUUGUUCGCUCGAAUAGCUUGACAAUUAAUUAAUGCUGGAUAAUUCCUUUUAUUUCGAUGAAAAGAAAUCUUUGUAGGAAAUCACAAAAAUUUAUUUGUCUCUAUUCAUAUCGCAUUGUAGGGGUUAAAUUAUCUUCAUUUCGUUCGUAAGUAUUCGGAUAACGAAAGAAUGCAGAAAAGAAAAGAAAUCUCUGGCGAGGCUACGGAGGAUGAGAUGCAAGAUGAAGAACGGGAAGUCGACGAAGAUCAAAGCGAGGACGAAGGUACAAAAAUUCAAAAAGUAGGUACAAACCAAGAGAAAAAAGAAGCGAACGAAAACGAGCAGGAAGCUGCGCAGUUUGGACAGUGUGCAAUUUGUCACAUUAUCAUCGAUGACGCAAAUCUCGGCGGAAGCGUCGCUGAUUCCGAGCAGGACCCACACUGUUCCGAGGGCUACUUGUUGUGUCAAGGUUGCGUGCGAAACUUUUCAACUCAAUCAGGUGUGGAGCAUCCUCAGCCUCGAAGAUCGCAUAUGAGUUUCUUCCAGGGCAGAGACAAUGAUCGCGACGAUCGUGCACGUUCGAGAACGUACGACCCGCGUCGUGAUCAAUGGGCAGGCAACUUCAACAGGACGGCAUCCGGUGUCGAGGUAAAUAACGAGGCGUUAAAUUACGAGUCGGAUGUCGUCUCGUACGGUCACUAUCGAGACGAUCCGCGGCGAGAGGAGCAAGUAAAGAGCUGCGGGAAACAGUGUCAACAGCAACAUGGCUAUUGCAAUAUGACAACGACGGCAACGAGGAGAAAUAUCACGACGGAUCAAUACAUCCCCGAGAUUAAGGUCAAAAGUCCCUCUCUGGCAUCCUCCGGCGACUGCUCCCGCAGACCCAUACGUUGCCCACGUCUAGAUUGUUCGGUGAACGUCGCCUUUUCUGCGCUCACCCAUCACUUCCUCUUCGAUCAUCCCGAUGUGCCUAUCCUUAGCGUUGAACCUGGCGCCGAGAGCACGCUCAUCAUCAGCUACGAAGCUCUUUCCUGCAAUUCCAGUCGAUGUCUAGCUCUCCUACUAGUGUCCGGAAAGCUCUCAGAUUCUUCAGCAAGACUGUUCGGUGGCGUUCAAAUAAACCCCAAGUACCGAAAUCGGUUACCUCUGCCGGUGUUGGCAGCGCGUCUGCACAGUCGCAAUUACGCAUGUUGCAAGGAGGUACACGCCGGCGGAGAGGGCCAAUGCGAGAAAGACAUGAUCAUUGCCUGGGUGGCGGGAUUAGACGUCGGGGACACGGCUGACAGACUUCGGUGUAGUAUUCAGGCUGUUGACAGCAUCGAGAACGGGGGAUUCCGUUCGCUCACAUACACAGGCCCUGUGACGUCCUUGAGAAUCACCCAAAGUCCACGUGACGUCUUCUUGGCCGGCGAUUGUAUAGUUCUUCACGAGGGAUUGAUCAGCCAUAUCACUUCUGGCUGUACCAGUCUCAAUGUAAAUGUUAUUGUACACUAAACUUGUUCCAUUAACACAUGUAUAUUUUGUCUUUUAAGUAAUUGUUAUGAAAAUGUAAACCUAUCCAAUAUAAAUCACAAGGAAUGUAUAGGAAAAAUAGACAAAGCUAAUGAGAAAUCUGA